UCAGUCGUGGAGUUGUGUGAUAAAGAUAGCACGAAGUGUCUUCUUAUCUACCUAUGAGCUGUGCUUAUUUAUACAGUCAGAGAGGGAGCUUGUAGCUGCUAGGUGCUAUUUUAUUACUUUAUUCUGCUGCAUCACUGAAGCUAAGAAAAUGACACACAAACUGGAACACGUCACAUUCUUUAAUGGCCACAAGAUGCCAAUUGUUGGCCUGGGAACGUGGCAGUCACCGAAUGGCGAGGUGGGUCAGGCUGUGGACGCAGCACUGGAGGCCGGCUACCGCCACAUAGACACCGCCUACGCCUACGGGAAUGAGGCAGAGAUAGGUCAGACCCUGAAGAAGUGGUUUGAUUCUGGGAGACUGAAGAGGGAGGAUGUUUUCAUUGUGACCAAGCUUCCAUUCAAUGGAAACAGAGCAGAGUCUGUGGAGAAGUACCUCAAGAAAUCCCUCGAGGCACUGCAGCUGGAAUAUGUCGACCUGUACCUCAUUCACCAUCCUGUAGGUCACCUAGAUGUGGACGGCUCUGUUUUUCCGAGAGACCAGGACGGAAAACUUCUCAUCGAUAUGAAUACUGAUCACAUCAGCCUGUGGAAGAAAUGCUGUACAAAGAAGAAUGUGUGGCAACUCUUUCCUCUAGCGUCUUCCCUUUCAUCUGCUCGCAGAAUCGUGCAGCUGAGCCCCAUGUCGGACCCCGUCGUGGUGGACAUCGCGCAGCGGCACGGUAAGACUCCCGCUCAGGUGCUGCUGCGCCACCUCAUGCAGCACAGGAUAGUCGUCAUCCCGAAGAGUGUCAAGCCGGAGCGUAUCCAGCAGAAUUUUGACGUGUUUGAUUUUGAACUGACACCAGAGGAUAUGGAGAAAUUGGACACUCUCGAUAUGGGACCAAAGGGACGGAUGUUUGGUGAUAGCAUUGGUCCGGAGAGAUUGAGACAUCCAGAAUACCCAUUCAAGGAGCGCUACUAGAACAACAAAAGCUGCAUUACACCAUCUGCUUUUGGCAAGUGGACGAUGGCGACAAGAUUUACGCAGUAGUAAGUUUGUACAACAUACUCAACUUGCACCUGUACUUUUAUU